AUGCUGUCGUUAAAACCAUCUUGGCUGACUUUGGCGGCAUUAAUGUAUGCCAUGCUAUUGGUCGUAGUGCCAUUUGCUAAACCUGUUAGAGCUGACGAUGUCGAAUCUUAUGGAACAGUGAUUGGUAUCGAUUUGGGUACCACGUACUCUUGUGUCGGUGUGAUGAAGUCGGGUCGUGUAGAAAUUCUUGCUAAUGACCAAGGUAACAGAAUCACUCCUUCCUACGUUAGUUUCACUGAAGACGAGAGACUGGUUGGUGAUGCUGCUAAGAACUUAGCUGCUUCUAACCCAAAAAACACCAUCUUUGAUAUUAAGAGAUUGAUCGGUAUGAAGUAUGAUGCCCCAGAGGUCCAAAGAGACUUGAAGCGUCUUCCUUACACUGUCAAGAGCAAGAACGGCCAACCUGUCGUUUCUGUCGAGUACAAGGGUGAGGAGAAGUCUUUCACUCCUGAGGAGAUUUCCGCCAUGGUCUUGGGUAAGAUGAAGUUGAUCGCUGAGGACUACUUAGGAAAGAAAGUCACUCAUGCUGUCGUUACCGUUCCAGCCUACUUCAACGACGCUCAACGUCAAGCCACUAAGGAUGCCGGUCUCAUCGCCGGUUUGACUGUUCUGAGAAUUGUGAACGAGCCUACCGCCGCUGCCCUUGCUUACGGUUUGGACAAGACUGGUGAGGAAAGACAGAUCAUCGUCUACGACUUGGGUGGAGGAACCUUCGAUGUUUCUCUGCUUUCUAUUGAGGGUGGUGCUUUCGAGGUUCUUGCUACCGCCGGUGACACCCACUUGGGUGGUGAGGACUUUGACUACAGAGUUGUUCGCCACUUCGUUAAGAUUUUCAAGAAGAAGCAUAACAUUGACAUCAGCAACAAUGAUAAGGCUUUAGGUAAGCUGAAGAGAGAGGUCGAAAAGGCCAAGCGUACUUUGUCUUCCCAGAUGACUACCAGAAUUGAGAUUGACUCUUUCGUCGACGGUAUCGACUUCUCUGAGCAACUGUCUAGAGCUAAGUUUGAGGAGAUCAACAUUGAAUUAUUCAAGAAGACACUGAAACCAGUUGAACAAGUCCUCAAAGACGCUGGUGUCAAGAAAUCUGAAAUUGAUGACAUUGUCUUGGUUGGUGGUUCUACCAGAAUUCCAAAGGUUCAACAAUUAUUGGAGGAUUACUUUGACGGAAAGAAGGCUUCUAAGGGAAUUAACCCAGAUGAAGCUGUCGCAUACGGUGCUGCUGUUCAGGCUGGUGUUUUGUCUGGUGAGGAAGGUGUCGAUGACAUCGUCUUGCUUGAUGUGAACCCCCUAACUCUGGGUAUCGAGACUACUGGUGGCGUUAUGACUACCUUAAUCAACAGAAACACUGCUAUCCCAACUAAGAAAUCUCAAAUUUUCUCCACUGCUGCUGACAACCAGCCAACUGUGUUGAUUCAAGUUUAUGAGGGUGAGAGAGCCUUGGCUAAGGACAACAACUUGCUUGGUAAAUUCGAGCUGACUGGUAUUCCACCAGCUCCAAGAGGUACUCCUCAAGUUGAGGUUACUUUUGUUUUAGACGCUAACGGAAUUUUGAAGGUCUCUGCCACCGAUAAGGGAACUGGAAAAUCCGAGUCCAUCACCAUCAACAAUGAUCGUGGUAGAUUGUCCAAGGAGGAGGUUGACCGUAUGGUUGAAGAGGCCGAGAAGUACGCCGCUGAGGAUGCUGCACUAAGAGAAAAGAUUGAGGCUAGAAACGCUCUGGAGAACUACGCUCAUUCCCUUAGGAACCAAGUUACUGAUGACUCUGAAACCGGGCUUGGUUCUAAAUUGGACGAGGACGACAAAGAGACAUUGACAGAUGCCAUCAAAGAUACCCUAGAGUUCUUGGAAGACAACUUCGACACCGCAACCAAGGAAGAAUUAGACGAACAAAGAGAAAAGCUUUCCAAGAUUGCUUACCCAAUCACUUCUAAGCUAUACGGUGCUCCAGAGGGUGGUACUCCACCUGGUGGUCAAGGUUUUGACGAUGAUGAUGGAGACUUUGACUACGACUAUGACUAUGAUCAUGAUGAGUUGUAG